AUGUCUGGUAUGUGGUUCUAUUCAGUGAAAAAGUCUACGUUCAAGCUUUGUUUAUGUUAAAUACUAACAAUUGGUAGUUGAUUUCAACGCUGUUGCUACUGAAUUUUGUAAAUUUUAUUACAAUCAAUUUGAUAACGAUAGAUCUCAAUUGGGAAAUUUAUACAGAAAUGAAUCUAUGUUAACAUUUGAAACGUCACAAUUACAAGGUGCUAGAGAUAUUGUUGAAAAAUUAAGCUCAUUACCAUUUCAAAAAGUAGCUCAUAGAAUUUCAACUUUAGAUGCUCAGCCUGCUUCACCAAGUGGUGAUAUUUUAGUCAUGGUCACAGGAGAAUUAUUAAUUGAUGAAGAACAAAAUGCUCAACGUUAUUCACAAGUUUUUCAUUUGAUUCCAGAAGGUAGUUCAUAUUAUGUAUUUAAUGAUAUAUUUAGAUUAAAUUAUUCAUAA